AUGUUGCUAUUUGGAGGCGGCUUGAUCGGGAUUUUUGUGGUGAUGGACUGGCUUCUUGCCGAGAUUGAGCCCCAGCCGAUGCCAUCCAGCGAGGAGCCGGAUGAGGCGGAUGGCUCGGGAAAAGAUGAUGUGCCGAGUACAUCAUCGGCGUUAGACAUUGAAGAGGAUGGCGCCGAUGUUGAUAGCGACGUUUUCGAAUACAUGGACUCCCCGCCGCCCUAUUCCCCAUCGGAGGCAUGGCGAGAUGAGACGGCGGCGGUUCGACCGCGUUGCGUCUUUUUCUUGAGGAGAGCGCUGACGCCGCGAUUCGAGGAGGGCGAUCCGCAUGGGGAUCGACUGCAUCCGAUUCAUCGGGAAAUCGAGUACGAUGCCGAGAAGCUGGAGCAGGGAUUGUUCAAGGACGCCGGGAACCAUGAAGACUACAUGACCAGCGUGCUCGAAAAGAUCUCCACCUCGACGGGUGGCCAAGAAACGGCGGGCCAGGCGUGGAAUGAACUGCUCCGAGUUGAAGGCGUCGGUCCAGCGAAUCAG